GUAGAUUAAAUCAAUCCUCUUAACUAUUCACGAGGUCUGGAAAAGGAGCUGCGUUUGCAACCACAGGGAACACUCGAAAUAAUAUGUUCACUAAUGUUUUAGUUUUUAUUUCCUGGGCAUCAAUCUACAGCUAAAAGUGUUCUUCUGAGGUCUGCGGGGCCAGAGCCGUCCCCCGCGGGGGUGAACAGGAGGCACCAUGGGGUCAGGAGGACAGGUCAGGCUCCUGCUGUGGAAGAACUGGACCAUCCGCAGGCGGCAGAGGGUACGGUUCUUCAUGGAGAUCAUGUGGCCUGUGAUGCUGUUUAUGGGACUGGUGUGGCUAAGGAGAGUGAACCCACUCUACCGUCAACAUGAAUGUCACUUUCCUAACAAGGCCAUGCCCUCAGCUGGUAUCCUGCCGUGGAUACAGGGAAUCUUCUGCAACGCCAACAACCCUUGCUUUCAGUAUCCCACCCGUGGAGAAUCCCCGGGUCUGGUGUCCAACUACAACAACUCCAUACUGGCCCGGUUCUACUCAGAUGCAGACGAGCUUCUUUUCAGUGACCCAGAGUUUCUGCAGGUCGGUCGCCUCUGGAGGGAACUGAAUGCCAUGAGCAACUUUAUGGACACGCUGCGCACUCAUCCUGAAAAGGUCUCAGGUCGAGGAGUGAAGGUGGAGAUGAUCCUGAAGGACGAUGAAACCCUGACGUCAUUCCUGCUGAGAGACAUUCCUCUGACGGAGUCUGUGGUGUAUCAUCUAGUUGUGGCCCAGAUCAGGCCUGAACAGUUUGCCUUUGGGGUCCCAGACUUGCAUUUAAAAGACAUCGCCUGCAGCCUCAACCUCCUGGAGCGAUUCCUGAUUUUCCAAAGCCGCAGAGGACUCUAUUCUGUUCGCAAUGCCAUGUGCAUCCUGACCCCACAAAGGCUGCAGAUCAUUGAGGACAAGUUCUAUGCCAACGUGGAUUUUUUCAAACUCUUCCGGCUGCUUCCUCGCAUUCUGGACAAUUACUCUGAUGGCAUCGACAUUCACUUCUGGGUCCGGACUGUCUCCGCAGCUUCGGACAGACUGCGAGAGUUGUUCCACAAGAGCAGCUCCAGGGAGUUCAUCCAGGUCAUAACUCCUCUAUUCCAGAAAAAUCUGUCCUUCAGGGAGGUGAUGGCGGCUGCCUCCAGCCUGGUAUGUGGCUACACAGAGGGAGCUUUCUCCAGAGUCACCUCCUUUAACUGGUAUGAGGACAAUAACUACAAAGCCUUCCUGGGUAUCAGCAGCGGAUGGGGCAAGAGUGACUACACAUAUGACAACAGCACCACUCCUUUCUGCAAUGAUUUGAUGAAAGAACUGGAGUCCAAUCCUGCCACAAGAAUUGUGUGGAACUCUGUGAAGCCAAUGCUGAUGGGACGGAUUGUCUACGCUCCAGACUCACCAGCUGUCAGGCAGAUCAUAAGGAAUGCAAACACCACGUUUGAGGAACUGGAGAGGCUGAGGACUAUGGGAAAGGCCUGGGAGGAAGUGGCUCCUCAGAUCUGGGCUUUUUUCCAAGAUGGAGUCCAAGUCAAGAUGAUCCGGGACACUAUCCGCAAUCCCUCUGUGAUGGAUUUUAUUGACAGGCAUUUGGAAGAAGCGCCAUUCUCCUCCAAACACAUCCUCAACUUCCUGCACAACGGCCCACCAGAGGAGUGGCAUCACGACAUGCCCAACUUGGACUGGCGAGACAUCUUCAACCUCACCGACCGGGUCAUUCGGAUGCUCAAUCAGUAUGGGGAUUGUUUGAUUCUUGAUAAAUUCAUACCUCUACCUGAUGAAGAUGCUGUCACUCAUCAUGCCCUGGACCUGCUGGAGGAAGGCAAGUUCUGGGCAGGUCUAGUCUUCACGAACAUGUUCUCUUGGACCUCCAGCGUUCCGCCUCAUGUGAAGUUCAAGAUCCGUAUGGAUAUUGAUAUGGUGGAGCGCACCAAUAAAGUCAAAGACAGGUAUUGGGACCCAGGCCCCAGAGCUGAUCCUAUGGAUGACCUCCGCUACAUCUGGGGUGGCUUUGCCUACCUUCAGGACAUAAUAGAGCAUGGGAUCAUCAGGACUCAUACAGGAAAAGAGUGGCCUCUGGGUGUCUACCUACAGCAGUUCCCCUACCCCUGCUAUGUGGAUGACCUCUUCAUGCUGACGUUGAACCGCUGUUUCCCCAUCUUUAUGGUUUUGGCCUGGGUCUAUUCUGUGUCUAUGAUAGUUAAGAGCAUAGUUAUGGAAAAGGAACUCCGCUUGAAGGAGACCCUGAAGACCCUUGGGGUCACCAAUGGUGUCAUUUGGUCCACCUGGUUUAUUGACAGCUUUUUCAUGAUGGGUACCAGCACAGCUCUAUUGACGGCCAUCAUUAUGGGAGGGAGGGUUCUGAACUACAGCAACCCUGUCAUCCUUUUCCUCUUUCUGCUCUCCUUCACCACUGCCACCAUUAUGCAGUGCUUCCUCCUAAGUGUCUUCUUCAACCAGGCCAACCUGGCAGCAGCCUGCUGUGGCAUCAUCUAUUUCACCCUUUACUUGCCGCACAUCUUCUGCUUUGCCUGGCAGGACCGCAUCACCAAAGAUAUGAAGAUCAUGGCAAGUCUACUGUCCCAAGUGGCAUUUGGCUUUGGUACAGAGUAUCUAUCCCGAUAUGAGGAGCAAGGCAUGGGCCUGCAGUGGGACAACAUCCAGACCAGUCCUUUGGAGGGAGACGAGUUCUCCUUUCUCACAUCCAUCUGCAUGAUGGGUCUGGAUACGGUCCUCUAUGGUGCUCUAGCUUGGUACCUGGAUAACGUCUUCCCUGGAGAGUAUGGCAUCGGUCGUCCCUUUUACUUCCCCUUGCUGCCAUGUUAUUGGCUCAACAGUGUUUCUCCAGCCUCUGGGAAUUACAAACUGGAGCUGAAGAAAAAAGGCUUUGAUAAUCUGACAAACAAAGAGCAAGGAAAUAAAAAGGCUGGUGAGGAAAUUGCUGACCAGGUGGAACCUCAGGCUAUGGAGAAGGAGGGCAUGCCUUCAUGUGAACACUAUGAUCAGCGUGAGACAUUUGGCCAGACCGAACCUGAAAAGAACCAGCAGAAGGAUGAAGAGCCAUUCUUUGAGGCAGAGCCAGCAGAUCUGGUGAAGGGAGUCUGCAUCCAACACCUGGUCAAAGUGUUUAGCAGCUGCUCCUCACCAGCUAUUGAUGGACUCAGCAUCAACUUCUAUGAGAGCCAGAUUACAGCAUUUCUCGGCCACAAUGGAGCUGGAAAGACCACCACCAUGUCAAUCUUGACUGGAAUGUUCCCUCCCACCUCGGGGACAGCCACAAUCUACGGCAAGGACAUCCGCACGGACAUGGACAGCAUUCGCACGUCUCUGGGAAUGUGUCCCCAGCACAACAUCCUUUUUCAGCACAUGACUGUGGCAGAGCACAUUCUCUUCUACGCACUGCUGAAAGGUCGUCCAAUAGCCGAGGCAGAGGAAGAGGUGGAGAACAUGCUGCAGGAUCUGGGCCUUCCACACAAGAGAGAUGAACUGACCCAGAAUCUUUCAGGGGGAAUGCAGAGGAAGUUGUCAGUAGCCUUGGCUUUUGUUGGUGCAGCCAAGGUGGUGAUUCUGGAUGAGCCCACGUCAGGGGUAGAUCCUUACUCCAGGCGCUCAAUUUGGGACCUACUACUUAAAUACCGCUUGGGACGUACCGUGAUCAUGUCCACCCACCACAUGGACGAGGCUGACCUGCUGAGUGACCGAGUGGCCAUUAUCUCCCAGGGGCGCCUUUACUGCUGUGGUUCACCCAUCUUCCUUAAGAACUGUUUUGGGGCAGGAUUUUAUCUCACUCUUGUUCGCAGAAGGAAGCAUGAAAUUCCUAAUGCCAGCUGUGACUGUACACAGGACUGCUCCUGUAAAUGCUCAAAGUGUUCGAAAUUUAAAGCCCUCCAAGAAGAAAGCCACACCUCAGACAGACAGCUGGAUGGUAACAUGGAAAGCAUCACAGCCUUGGUCCAUCACCAUGUGCCACAGGCUCGUCUUAUUGAGGCCAUCGGGCAGGAGCUCACCUUUCUGCUGCCAAAUCGGAACUUCCAGCCCAGGGCGUACGCCAGCCUCUUCAGGGAGCUGGAGGAAACCCUUGUGGACAUCGGCCUCAGCAGCUUUGGUGUAUCUGACUCAUCACUUGAGGAGAUUUUUCUGAAAGUCACAGCAGAUGGCAAUGCAACCAACAGAAAAUGUAGUCAAGACAAGGAAUCAUUGCGACAGAUAUCUCGAGCUAGUUUCUGUGGAUUCAACAGAGUGGCUAUUGAUGUGGAGCCACAAAAAGAGUCCAAUGGCCACGGCCCAAAUGAAAUCCCAGAGGGCAGUGCAGGCAAGGGAACCUACCAGGUCAGAGGCCUCUGUCUGAUCAUCAAACAGUUCUUUGCUCUGCUGAUCAAGAGGUGGCAUCAUGCCACACGCUCUUACAAAGACUUCAUUGCCCAGAUUGUGCUUCCAGCCGCCUUUGUCUUCUUGGCACUGAUGUUUACUAUCAUAGUCCCACCUUUUGGAGAGUAUCAGAGUAUGACCCUUUCUCCAUGGAUGUAUGGAAGACAGUACACAUUCUUCAGCAAUGAGCGUCCCAUGGAUGCACAGAUGAGAUAUUUUGGUGAAGUUUUGCUUGACAAGCCUGGUUUUGGGACCCGCUGCAUGGCCGAUGAACCUUUAGAAGAUUUCCCAUGUAAUAACAUCACCACAGAGUGGGAGAUGCCCCUGGUUAACCCUUCCUUGAUAGAAAUGCUGGAGAACUCAAAGUGGACCCCCAUUAGACCCUCCCCAGAAUGUCAGUGCAGCACAUCCAAGAAACUCACCAUGCUUCCUGUAUGUCCUGAAGGGGCUGGAGGCCUGCCACCUCCACAGAGGAUCCAGUCAACUGGAGACGUUCUGUUCGACCUUACUGGUAGGAACGUCUCUGACUUCCUUGUCAAGACCUACCCCACCCUUAUCAGGACCAGCUUGAAAAGCAAAUAUUGGGUGAAUGAACAGAGGUAUGGAGGUAUAUCAGUGGGUGGACAGCUUCCUGUUUUAGGAGUGCAGCCAAAGACACUUCAGGAGUUAGCAACUCAGCUGGGACAACUUCUUAACCUAACUGGGGGUCAAUAUUCCAAACAAACACUUAACGGAAUUGGGAAGUUCCUCAGGUAUAUGGAAACGCAGAACAAUGUCAAGGUAUGGUAUAACAAUAAGGGCUGGCAUGCCAUGGUGUCUUUUAUGAAUGUGGCCAACAAUGCCAUCCUUCGUGCAAAUCUGCCGAAAGGAGCUGAUCUGGAUGAAUAUGGGAUCACUGUCAUCAACCAUCCUCUGAACCUGACCAAGGAGCAGCUCUCUGAGAUCACCGUUCUGACUACUUCUGUAGAUGCAGUGGUGGCCAUUUGUGUCAUUUUUGCCAUGUCCUUUGUCCCAGCUAGUUUCAUCCUCUAUCUCAUCCAGGAGAGAGUCACUCAGGCCAAACACCUGCAGUUUGUCAGUGGUGUUAGUCCACUGGUGUAUUGGAUGGCCAACUUUCUGUGGGACAUGGUGAAUUACUCUAUCAGUGCAGCGAUGGUGGUGAAAAUUUUCCUGUUUUUCGAUAAGAGAUGUUACACUUCACCAACCAACCUGCAACCCCUUAUUGCCCUGCUCAUGCUUUAUGGCUGGUCUGUGACGCCCAUGAUGUACCCCAUGUCCUACGUAUUUAGUAUCCCCAGCACAGCCUACGUUUCUCUGUCAUGUAUCAACCUCUUCAUCGGGAUCAACAGCAGUGCCAUCACCUUCAUCCUGGACCUUUUUGAGAGCACCACAGCUCUUUACAGAUUCAACCAGAUGUUAAAGACAGUGUUGCUCAUCUUUCCCCAUUACUGCCUUGGUAGAGGUCUCAUAGACAUGGCCAUGAACCAGGCUGUGACUGAUAUCUAUGCUCGCUUUGGCGAGGAUUACAGUCCAGAUCCCUUUAACUGGGACUUCAUUGGGAAAAACUUGCUCUGCAUGGCUGUUGAGGGAUUUGUCUAUUUCAUCCUCAACAUCCUUUUCCAGUACCGCUUCUUCCUGGAUCACUGGAUUCCAGAUUGCCCAAAGCCUCAUAUUUUGGGGGAGGAUAAAGAUGUGGCUCAGGAAAGGGAGCGAAUCCACAGGAAUGUAAAUACAUACGAUAUUUUAUGCAUAAAAGACCUGUCUAAGACGUACAGAGGAACCAUCAACCCUGCAGUGGAUCGAAUCUGUGUUGGAGUUUCACCUGGAGAGUGCUUUGGUUUGCUGGGGGUAAAUGGAGCUGGGAAGACCACAACAUUUAAGAUGCUGACUGGAGACAUAGAUGUAACGUCAGGAGAGGCUUCUGUCUCUGGUUACAGCAUUUUGACCAACAUCCUGGAUGUGCACCAGAACAUGGGUUACUGUCCACAGUUUGGUGCCAUCGAUGAGCUGCUGACAGGAAGAGAACAUCUGCACCUGUAUGCCCGCCUCAGAGGGGUUCCAGGGUCUGAGAUCAGCAGGGUAGCUGAAUGGGCCAUCCAGAAACUGGGUUUAUCAGAGUAUGCCGGCCGAAGUGCUGGGACCUACAGUGGAGGUAACAAGAGGAAACUUUCCACUGCUAUUGCCAUGAUCGGCUGUCCUGCUCUGGUGCUGCUGGAUGAGCCGACCACAGGCAUGGACCCGCUCUCCAGACGCUUCCUCUGGAACUCCAUCAUGAGUGUCAUUCAGGAUAGACGAGCAGUGGUCCUUACCUCACACAGCAUGGAAGAAUGUGAAGCGCUCUGUACUCGCUUAGCCAUUAUGGUUAAUGGAUCCUUCAAAUGUCUGGGAACCAUUCAGCAUCUCAAAUACAAAUUUGGCGACGGCUACGUGGUAACCAUGAAGAUCAGGGCCGCCAAGCCCGGCUGUCCCCCAGACCUGAACCCUGCUGAGGCUUUCAUGGAGAGCACCUUCCCUGGCUCCAUCCAAAGGGAGAAACACUACAACACUCUUCAGUAUAAGAUCUCCUCUCCAUCUCUGGCUAGGAUAUUUCAAAUGGUCCUGGCUAACAAGGACAAACUCAACAUAGAGGACUACUCUGUGUCACAGACAACUCUUGAUCAGGUUUUUGUGAAUUUUGCCAAGCAGCAGUCCAGAGAGGAUGACACCAUAGUACUGCACCCAAAGGUUGCUGGGGCACAACGGUACAUUGAAACCACGCCGAUCAAGUCUUAUAGGAAAUGAACUGAACUGGAUGGGAGCUCUUCUAUGGUCUGUGGAUUUUAUCCCCACGGUGGAUAGACAGAAAUGAAGCCGCUUGUCAUACUCAUCCUUUAAAAGGAACUCUAAAUCCAACUUAGCUUAGCUGGAGCCAAUUGCUGCAUUGGAAUAGUUAAAAAAAGAGGGCUGAAAUCAGAUUUUUUGGAUAUAGUAUGUGAUCUUUCUCAUGUGAUAAAACAAGUGUAGAGGAAUAAAUUUAACAUGCUUUUUUUUUUUUUUUUUUAGCUUUUAGUCAAGUUAGUCAGUGGAGCAUUUAUGAGCCUGCUUUAUGUUCCACGUCCUGCUCACCUUAGAAGCGGAUUAAAAAAAAAAAAAAAAAGAUACUGACGUCUUCCGAUGGAACGUCAAUAAACUCGUACGGUGUUGGGUUGUAAGAAAGCAUAGCUCUUUGUACUUCGCUUCAGAUGCCAAGCAAGAAACUUUUGAACUGCCUUUAUAACCCUGUGAAAGAAGCACUUGAACAAGCUUAGUUUCUUGGCACUUUAUUGAUUACAAACAUCACAAUUUGUCACCAAGAUGUACUGACAAUAUUACAUUUGGUAAUUAUUACAAAGUCCUUCGGCUGCUGCUGCAAACUCAUUACAGCCCAUUGUGACAUUUUUGUUUUCAUGUUUUUUCUUCUUCACGCUUUUCUUAUAUGUGUCCAGCUUUGAUUGUUUGCUCACAUUUAUUACACUUGGUGUCAUUAGUGGGUGACGAAUGAAUGUGAAAAUAAACGUUUCUAUGAGAUGCAUCAUAUUAAAAAA